UGGAAGCGGAACGGCGGGGUUGCAACUGUGUACGCGCCGUCGAAGCAAUUAGAACCGGGGCGUAAGCGGGGAGAGAGAAAUAGUCGGCCGCGGAACGAGUCGCUUGGGAAGGAGAGCGUGAUUCGGCUCGUCGCUGUACGGCGUUGUGAGGUAGCGGCGGCAGGGAGAAAGAGAGAUAGAGAGGGAGGUAGGAGCAGUGCGAGGUGCGCAGUGAGACGACGGUGGUGUUUGCUGCGAAGGCGGGUCGACGUGGCCGGACGGGAAGCGCGGGAGCGAAGGAAAGAAGUAGGGACAGGGUCGGCGAGAUUAAAGGGAAGGGUCUGCAGGAACGCGUGACUGGAAAGACUCAGUUUGCUGUGCGCUUUCGUGCCGUCGUCGGUAGUCUGCGAAGGGAAGGCGGGAGCUGAAAAUUUGAGGUUGUGGUGAGGGCCAAGCGAGGUGGAAAAGGUUGCUCAAGAUGGCGGCCGGUGUACACGCUGGAGGAUUGUCCUUCUCUAGAUUCAUUCAGCUGCUGUUUACUCUCGUGGCGCUCGGGCUCAUCGCAGACACGAAAUCCGCCUGGUUUAGAAAGCACAACUCAUUUGAAUUUUUACUGGCGGCCAAUUCUAUAGCGUUUAUAUACGUUCUCGCGGUGUUUCUUCUCGCCGUCAUUAAGCUUUGUGGAAGUGAUAAGCAUUUCGAAGGUGGGCUGGGAUGGUCGCAGCUUGUUAUGGACGGAAUUAUAGGGUUCUUCCUGCUUUGUGCUGCCUGCGCAGCAGCUGGCGCCAUCUCUGAACUCAAAAACGGUAGCCUUUUACCCGAUGGGAGCUCAGUUUGUAGUACGGGUUUGUUUAAGAACCUCGGGGAAGGAAGGAGAGCGCCUCCUUGUACGAAAACGGAAGGGUCCAUUGCCUUCACGUUUUUGUCGGCUUUCGGGGUUCUGGCAUCGCACUGGUGGUUUAUCCACGGCUUGCACGCCUCGAAGUAGAUGUUAUCGGAAGGCAAACUUAAGGCGAGGCGAGCGUACCGUGCUGAGGAGACUCGAUGCCGUGGAGGAGAGUGUGGUACAGGGAUGGCUGGAUGUUAGGGUACCUUUCAUCUGAUUGAGUGAUGCGCAUGGGAUUGCGGUCGAGGGAGUGGUCGGUGUUAAGGUCUGAGGUAAGACGACAACGUAGAGUAAGUUAUGAGCUCGAGAGAUAGCUGUUGUUAAGGACGCUUCGUUAUUUUGACGGUGUAUUGGUAAAGUCGUGUAUCCCUCCGAUCAGUUGUUGAAAGCUUGACUGGACUUGCACCCUUGUUGAGGCUACAGGAGAGGCGCAGAAGCAUUGUCCAUUAUGUCGAUGGGAUGUAUUGUGAGGUGGUGGAUCUGUACCACAGAUAGCGAACUUGUAUGUGUGUGUGAGUAGAGGAGGACCGAGCGAGCGAGCGAGCGAGAGAGAGAGAGAGAGAGAGAGAGAGAGAGAGAGAGAGGUGUAUAGAGAGGAAGGUUGAAGUUAACGUUGGUUGUCGGGAAGUCUCUUGCAGAAGAUAGGGAUUGCAACAUGGCGAAGGCCAGGAAGGUGAGGUAACAGUUCGUCAAUAACGACUCUUUGGAUGGAAGCCGGUCGCUGAGCGGAUGUAUUUCGCCGGUGACGAGGGGCCCUGUGUUUCACUACGUCUCUCCUUUUUCGUUUUCAUGACGGAGUACGUGCUGUAAAGAUUCAGUUUUGCCCUAUUGCCUGGACAAGUUCCUGGUUCUGUUUUGGUUGUUGGUGUGUCCGACCGAAAGGUAUAAACUUCCACCACGACUCAUCAUGUGAGAAGCAUAGAGUUGAGCUUGGACAAUGGAGUCGCGAGCUCCUGUCCUGCUCUGAAGUGGGGCCUUACUACAUGGGUACCACCAAAUCUUCUCCUUUUUGUCGGUCACUUUCUUACUGUUCCUUCUCCUAGCAUACUCGUCAGUUUUGUUGCCUGUGUCAGUUUUCGAACUUUUUGUUCGAUCGAGUGGCUUUGAGUAAUUGUGAACGAGUUCAACUUUUUCACUCAGGCCUCAUGGGCCGUCGUUGUACAGUGCGUAGUGAGCGUCCUCUUUAGUUCAGACUCUGGGAAUACGUCGGAGAAUAGGAGGAGAGUGAAGGAGCUGUGGUGAGGAGGGAACCAUGGUGUGUAGUGAGACCGGGGAAAGGCAUGAGGGUAAGACUGGUAAAUGGUGGGUGCCUGUCAAUGUUGCCGUAUAUCUCGUGAAAAGAAAAACGCUCUGUUUUGGCGUCAGUUUGGGGCUAUUGUUGUGUCUUUUCCUAUUCCUUUUCAUGUCGAUCGCUGCUGCUCCAGUCAGAAAUUAUGUCCGUCGUCACUGCUCUUCACGCUUGCUUUUGGAAAUUGACACUAUUAACGAACGAACGCAAAAUCUGUUUGAGCGUGCCAUGCCGGUGAGCUUGCGGUGAUUUGUGGAUUUUGAGGUUGUUGCAUGUGCAGUUUUUGUUCCUAUUCGCUUUUUUGUGUAAAUGUUUUGGUUUUCGAGUUUUGAAGUGAAGUGAAUGCUCUGAGUUAUUUUGAAAGUGCUGUAUUCGUAGUUUUUGUUCCCAUUGUUUUUUGUCUUCGAGCGGUGGAGCGAAGCGAAGUGAAAAUGUUGUGCCACUGAGAGCUGUCUAAGCUGAGUAUGACCGGCGGCGAGGAGUAUUAACUUUAAGAAGAUAUAUGCUGGAAAUUUGUACGGCAGAUAGACAGCUUUGCUGCCCCACACCUGAAGUGGAGUGGCUGCCAUACGCAUGAGGUUGUGUUGGUGCAUCUCCAGGCUACCGUCUGAUUUGUCGUAGGAAGGUAGCCCCACUGCAGGGUCUCGAUAGCAAGGAAUAGGCGGGGAACGGCGGGAUCAAAUCUGAAGGUCUAGCAGGCUAGCUGUAUUUUGAGUCUACAUAUGUUUCCGAUCAAAAGUAUGGUGACUCAUUCUUUUCGAGUUGAUAUCUUCCUUAUCCAUACAUGUGCCUGAGGUCGAUUCCUUCUUCCUCUACUACGUUGUUUUGCCUGCCACGUCGCGCUCUUAAAAGUUAAAACGCCUUGUCAUUAUCGCUGCAUGUGGACUGAAAGUUGCCCCCAAUACGGCCAUAAUGACCGGGUUAUGUUCGGGUGAGAACGCAGCUUUUUUCUCGCUUCCGAAACAAACGAGCUGUUCGUCGACAGUCGGGUACAUCAGAAGCGGAAUCUCCUGUGGUUAGUGGUGGUCCCAAACUUCGGAGGAGGGGGGUGAAGUGGCGGCGAAAAGUCGAUGUCGCGUUUUUCGGUAAGGUCGAUUUCAUUCAUUCUUAGAUUUCGCUGAAUUUUUCUAUCUCCUAGACUGUCUAGACAUGCACUUACGGUCGACUUUGGCUUCCUGUUCCUUUCGGAUUUCGUUGUCUUGAUUUGAUUUCGGACGGGGAUCAGUGCAGAAAGUAGUAUAUCUGAUAGUUUGAGUUAGGUCAAAGGAUCGGGUUUCCUUCGUGAUGUGUAAUAUAUUUAUAUAUACAGUUCACAGUUUGUCACAGCCCCUCGUUUGUUGUCCUCUUCUCUCUCUGCCUACGGUUUACGGGGCAGUUCUGUUUGUGACGAUAUAUCCUUUGUUGUCCUCUUCUCUCUCUCUGCCUACGGUUUACCGGGCAGUUCUGUUUGUGACGAUAUAUAUAUGUAUGUAUAUAUAUAUUAUUGCAAAAGAAAAGCCCCGAAUUCGCAGUCCUAUGGAGAGUAGUAUUACUCGCUCACCAUUAGUUUCUACGGGGAGAAGUAUGGAGACUAUUCCUCGAAAAAGUAUGGAGAGUAUUACUCGCUCACGAUUAGUUUCUCCGGAGUCUUCAAAUCCUAAGAUAGCAUCGUUGCUUCGAUCCUUCGUCUAUUGAAUACGUAAACAGGACCCGCGCGCAUCGAGAGCAUGGCUAUUUGUUAGGGCUAAGAAGCGGAUGCGGUAGCGGUUCUCGGUUGUUGUGAUUUCUGUGCCACUUUGAGUUUUCCUCGUGAGCCGUGAGGUGAGCGGUCUCUAUCGUUGUAUCUGACUGUUUUGACGUUUCACCGGCUUUAUGCCCGUAAUGGGAGUUAAAUGUAUGUAUCCUGCUUAUUGCAGUGUGUGUCGUCUUGUAUGUGUUUCUACCUGUUUGCUAUGACUUCGUUCCGUCUGCUAACGUUUAAGGUCUGACGGUCCAACUCCUACGAUCGAGUUUGUGAUAAUCUGAAGAUGAUUCAGCAGCGAGGAUGGUAUUUGAGAUUGGUGUGGACUAUUUAUAAGACCGCCGGUAUCUCUUGGACAGCGGCUGUUCCAGCGGACUGCAUUUAGUGCUUGCCGGC